AUGUAUAUGCGAAUCACCGGUAUGUGGAAAAAACUAGAAUUUGAGAUCAAUAAUAAAACAAAAUUCCAGAUCCCUUACCAAGCACAAGAACUGAAAGAUCUGGCAUUAGAUAUGAUAGAGAGACUGAAAUCUGAACCAACUUUAGCUGUUGUAAAGGCAACGGUUGUUGUUGUGGCGGAUACACACGGUCAAUUCAUCGACUUGGUCCGAAACUUGCAUGUUGAUCCAGAGAAUUUCCCCGCUAGUUUUGACUGCACGCCGUUCGCAACAAAUAAAUAUCUAUUCCUCGGAGACUACGUUGGCAGAGGAGUGAAUUCGAUUCAAAUCAUGGUUCUCCUCUUUUCGCUCAAACUCUACUACAAUAAUGUCACUAUGAUUAGAGUGAAUCAUGAAACUCCAAGUGUGAAUGCGAAUUAUGGAUUUCGAGAUGAACUGAUUGAUAAAUUCGAGAAGGGACCCGAACUUUGGAAUCUGUACAAUGAGGUGUUUUCUUAUAUGCCAAUUGCUGCGGUUAUCAGCGAACGUAUUUUGUGCAUGCAUGGCGGAAUCUUGCCGCAUUUGAGAACUCUUAAGGAUAUCGAAAACGUCAAACGACCAAUUACCGAUAUCUCUAAUAUUGUUUUAGACUUACUUUGGAGUGAUCCUAUGCCGGUUGGUCGUAAGGGUUACAACUCAAAGUACCCCCGUUUCAUCAAGAAUGCAGUGCGAGGGCUUGGGAUAGAGUUCAACAAGAGAGCGGUGGGAUCGAUCUGUGAGAAUUUGGAUAUUGAGUUGAUCAUCACAGGACAUCAAUCGAAGCAUCAGGGGUUCGAGUGGUACUCAACCCAGCUUGUUACCAUAUUCUCCGCUUCGAACUAUGCCGACGACACAGAGAAUUUCGGAACAAUCUGCUACAUAUCAGCUGAUGGGGGAGUUUCGAUCAUCCAAAUGAGAAACCUCGAGAAGGUGAAAUGCCCACAAAGUGAUGAAUAA